AGCCGAGUCGCGGCUCGAGGCAGUUGUACGUGCGAUAAACAAUAACAAAAAAAUGAUAUAGUUAAAAAAAAAACUUGAAAAAAAAUUUUUUUUGAGACCUUUGAACCCGAACGUCGUGGUGCUUCGAUCUAUUUGGCUAAUAAUAUUUUGGAAGCGACUUCGGUUCAAGAUGGACCCAAAAAUAAUGACAACGGAUAAAAUGGACGAUUAUCCAAAACAUAUAGAAAUGCUGAACGGCAAUGAUUUGAACACCCUCAACCUAAAUUACGAGGGUGACCACAUAAACCUUGAGCAACCGGACAAGUCCUCGGAAGCUAUAGCGGAUUUCUACGAAGAUUCCGUGAUCAUGGUCACCGGAGGGACUGGUUUCGUUGGCAAGGCUCUCCUGGAGAAACUCCUGAGGAGUUGUCCUGGUAUCAAGACGAUAUACGUGCUGAUGAGACCUAAAAGGGGUUUGACAGUAGACCAAAGGUAUAAGGAACUUCUUAAAAACCAGGUCUUCGACCGCAUCAGAGCUCGUUGGCCGGAACGCCUCGGGAAACUCUACCCCAUAACUGGUGACGUAUCAGCUCCAAACCUGGGAGUGUCUCCGGAGCAGAGGGAACUCCUGGGCAAGGUUACGACCCUGUUCCAUUCGGCUGCGACCGUGAGAUUCACCGAGCCUCUCCAUGCUGCCACCACGCUGAAUGUUCAGGGAACUGCCUCGCUACUGAAGUUGGCUGAGGAUAUGCAUAAGUUGAAGGCUCUAGUGCACGUGUCAACAGCCUACAGUAACGCGCCGCGACCCAGCAUCGAGGAGCGAGUCUACCCCCCACCUUACGACCCUGACAGUAUCGUGAGGUGCACCAGGAUGCUGCCCGCUGAGACUGUGGAAGUCAUUGCGGAGACUUUGCAGGGUGAACACCCAAACCCCUACACGCUGACGAAAGCUCUGGCCGAGUCCAUCGUGUACAGUCACACCAACCUGCCCGUCUGCAUCGUCAGACCUUCGAUUGUGACUGCCGCGCUUCAAGAACCAUACCCAGGAUGGAUCGAUAACGUGUAUGGAGUGACAGGUCUGAUAAUGGAGAUAUCUCGCGGCACAUACCGCUCAGGGUACUCUCGCGAGCAGUAUGUGGUGGACCUGGUGCCAGUAGACCUGGUCGUCAACAGCUGCAUCGUGGCUGCUUGGAGACAGGGUGUCAAGAGGCCUGGUCGCUGCCCAGUAUACAACGUGACUUCAGGGUCUAUAAAUCCUAUACAAUGGGGGCAGUUCACCAAGCUAUGUGUCAAAUGGGCUAUCGAGAAUCCUACCAAGUACGUAAUGUGGUAUCCGAACUUUUCGUUCACGGAGUCUCGCUUCAUGAACACGUUCUGGGAGGUAUCCUGCCACUUCCUGCCAGCUUUCCUGUACGAUAUGCUGUUACGAGCUCAGGGGAGGAAGGCUAUCAUGAUGAAGCUAGCCCGCCGUUUCAAAAUGGCCGCGGCCACUGGCGAGUACUUCGCUAACCACGAGUGGGAGUUCGGUAUCUCCGAGCUGAAAGCUCUGCAUGAUGACGUGACAGCUACCAGGGACGGAGCUGUGUUCCCUCAUUGGUCUGACUUUGAGUGGGACUCGUAUAUUGGGGCUUACAUGUUUGGGAUCCGACGGUAUAUUCUGAAGGAUACGGCUGAGUCCCUCCCUGUGGCUCGGACUAAGUUACGGAGAUUAUACUGGGUUCACAAGCUCUUUCAGGCGGCUACAGGAUACUAUCUAUUCAGGUUCCUGGCGGGACGUCUGCGGUAGUAGACCACUCUAUUAAUAUACGUUAAUUUUAUAUAAGCCUGUGUUAAAUGAUCAAUAUUCGAGGAAAAAUACUCAAGUGAUACAAUAUUUAAUCUAUAUCCAAAAAGGAGAAUUUUCUCAAAUCGAAUAUUUUAGUUUUUUUUUUUUUUUUGUAAAAAGUGCUUACGUAAACAAAACUGAAUCGGCAAGAUUUAUGAACGAAUGAUUAUGCACCAAAAUAAUUAUUUUUAUGCUGUUUUUAACUAACAAAACAUAGAUUUUCAGACUGAAAAUACCUAUUGAUUUGUACAUUAAAAUCGCGAAAGGAUGGAUUAACCAAAAAUAUCUAACAAUAAACAACUUUUUAAGAAAAGGAGACAUAAAAAGGUAUUGGUCAUUUGAUACAGGUAACAAUUAGAAUAAUAUUUGCAACUAGUGAUUAUUUCUUAAUUAAACGUAAUGAGAUCACCCUGUAUUCUGAGUACAAUUUCAAUCUUAGUUCUAAGAUAUAUCAAUGUACCUGUAAUACUAAAAAAUACUCUUAUUUUAUCUAUUUUAUUCAGAAUAUCUACCAAAAAUCAUUUUUUUACCAAUUUUUAGGUAAUUCUUUUAAAACAUAAUUUUUUGUAUCACAUUAUUUUUUAACAGAAAAUAUGUCGAUUUGCAGAAACUUGUGUGAAAUAUA